AUGGAUAAAUUUAGGGCUUAUAUCAAGGUGCCUGGUGGAAUAAACUACACCGAAUUCUCCCCCGACGAGAAUUUCGUGGGAGCCGCGACAGUCAACAGGACCAUUUUUGCUUGGUCAAUAGACACUUCUAGCUCCGGUGGAUUUCGCCUCUUCAAAGCCUUUAGCGCUCAUGAGGAAUACAUCAACUCCCUUGCCUUUUACGCUGAUAGUAGGAGGCUAGCGACCGCCUCAGACGACAGAAAGGUACGAAUAUGGUCGAUGAUUGACGACAGCUAUCAUUACGAAAGUCUCAAAGCACACAAUGGAGGUGUUACUGCCAUUGCUCUUUCACCAGAUAUUGUGGUUUCAGGGUCAGCAGAUCAGACAAUCCAGAUCUGGUCGUUUAAUGGAUCUGUGUACAACCAUCGCUGGGGAUUGACUGGUCAUAACGCAUGCAUUACCUCGGUUGCAAUUUCAUCGGAUUCUACUCUAGAUGCGUCUGCGUCUCAGCACGACUUCAUUCGAAUCUGUUCUGUUAAUAAUGGAACUUGUCUGUAUAGGCUCCAAGGCAUCAUGACCCACCAAAAGCCACUCGUGGAGAGAAAAGUUGUGCGGGUAACUAAGGACAUUGUCGAGACCACCAACAUAGAACCACAAGAGGGUCAGAGCUAUCGUCUUGGUCUUGGUGCUGGUCCAGAAUGGUUGAACUUCAAUGAGUCCCGUCUGAUAUGGGUACCCAACGAAUAUCGCGCAUUCCACAAAGUUUUCGCUAUAUCUGGCCCCAAUAUGGUCUGGCAGGACGAGGCUGGCCAGCUUUUGAUGUUGAAAUUCUACCUCCCAGAUCAAUAA